UUUUCACCAUGAAAAUGGCCGCGGGCCGCGGGGGACUAGGCUGGUGUAUAAGACAGAAACGAGUAGGACUAGGACUAGGACGCAAGAAAAUGGCGACCAAUAUGGCGACUAAGUUCGUUCCUCGGUCAGUGAAACGAAAGGAAGAUUUUAAAGCUGACCUCUCACGAAAGUGCAAAUUUGUCCACGAUAGAAAUUCGCAUCUAAAGGAAGAAAAGCUGAUUGAUGAAAGAGCAUUGUCGGCUAGCGACUCUUUAGUGGGAAAACAAAUGAUAGGUGGCGGUGCAAAUGAUGAUACCAUUGUCACAAGUGAGCUUAUAGUUGACAACAAUUUAGAUGAAGGAGAGUGUGAUGACGAGCAAGAAACUGUAUCAUACAGUAAAAACCAGAGAUGGCCAACACCUGGAGAGCCUGUUUGUGUGAUUUGUGGGCGAUACGGAGCCUACAUUGUGGAUCAAACAGACGAAGACGUGUGUAGUUUGGAAUGCAAAGCAAGACAUUUAAAAGGCAGUGCAAGAAAGAAAGAUGAAGAUCUGUUGGACAACAGGAUUGUCGCUAGAGAAGCGAUCAAAACCAAUUCAAGCGACAGCUUUUUGCCAAUAACAGUGGCCCCAGGCAACGAAAAUAAAUCUUAUUACAAAGAACAUCCAUUUAUUGCCGAGUUAUCAAUGAGCAAGGUUGCUGGUAUUCGAACGAAUCUGAAAAUUAAGGUGAAAGGUGAUGACGUAAGUAAACCGAUCCUUGAAUUUCAGCAGUGUCAGCUCAGUGAAACUUUGAAUGAGAAUUUGACUCACUCAGGGUAUAUCACUCCAACACCAGUUCAAAUGCAAGUAAUUCCUCUGGUGCUGAGUUCUCGUGAUGUUUUAGCCUGUGCACAGACUGGCUCAGGAAAGACUGCUGCAUUUCUAGUGCCAAUCAUUCAAAAAAUUCAUCUUGAAAUUGAAUGGUCAUUGCAGAAUAAGAGAUCAUUUAACUUGUCUGAUACUCUUGGUCUGAUCAUGGCUCCAACAAGAGAACUUUGUAUGCAAAUAGAGAAACAAGCCAAGGAACUGAUGCAAGGCUUACCAAACAUGAAGACCGCAUUGUUAGUUGGUGGACUGCCUCUUCCUCCUCAGCAUCACCGUCUGUAUUCAGGUGCACAGAUAAUCAUUGGGACUCCAGGGAGAAUACAGAAGCUUCUGACUCUGCCAGGCAUUCAUCUAACUUCUGUCAAGAUCUUUGUUUUGGAUGAAGUUGAUACCAUGUUGCAGAUGGGAUUUGAGCAACAAGUUCAAGAAGUGAUUGAAAAGUUGCCAGAAGAAAAACAGGUCCUCAUGUUUUCGGCCACAAUUCCAUCAUCUAUUGAAAGUAUGGCUGCCAAAAUGCUUGUCAAUCCAGUGUAUGUGUCUGUUGGGUCUCCAAGUGUACCCAAUGCUUCAGUCAAACAGAUCGUGCUAUGGGUAGAAGACAAGUCCAAGAAGAAGCGCCUCUUCUCAAUUCUUCAAGACUCCAGGCACUUUAAACCUCCUGUUGUUGUGUUUGUGGUUUCUAAGAUAGGAGCUGACAUGCUUGCAGAAGCAGUGCAGAAGGUGUGCAAUCUUCAUUGCUUGUCAAUGCAUGGGGACAAAUCACAGAGUGAAAGAAGUAGGGUUUUGGAAUCAUUCCUUGCUGGUGAAUGUCCUGUUCUCGUUUGCACUGCUCUACUUGGAAGAGGAAUUGAUCUUCCUAAUGUUAGUCAGGUGAUCAACUUUGACAUGCCUUCAUCAGUUGAGGAGUAUGUUCAUCAAGUGGGGAGAGCUGGCAGAUUAGGUAGCACUGGCUGGGCCUUAACAUUCAUCAAUAACACAAACAAGCAUGUCUUUAUUGACUUAGUGGAGACUCUGCAGCCAUUAGCUGUUACCUUGCCUGAGGAGCUUCUCAAUUCCCCAUACCUUCUUCAACGAAAACAGCGCUCAAAAGAGUCAGCAAAUAAAAGAAAGCACAGAGACACGUUAGUGACUGAGGAAAAUCUUAUGGAGUUGAUAAAAAAGAAUUCCACAAGAAGAAAAAAGUUCUCCUAAUAAUUGUGGACAGUGAAUUUUCUGUGCAGGCUACCUUUUUCCCCUGUAACAGCCAAAGUAUUUGUUAAACUACGAGAUAUAUUGCAGGACUGAAAAUGUGUUAAUGGAUUGUAAACAUUGCAAACUUCUAGUGUACAAUUCUGAUUAAGAAUCACCUUGACGUUCACUCACGUAUGGUGUAAAAAAAGAAUGAAAGAAUGUUCAAAUCGGAAAAAAAAAUUAAAAACAGAAAAAAGAA